AUGGCUCUCACUAGUCGGGGUGUGCACAUGAUUGUCAUCGUCUCGGUGCUGGUGUUUCUGGCUACCUUGGCGGUGGUGAUGCGCCUUCUGGCGCGCAAGAAGCUGCGCAUGAAGCUGGGCUCGGACGACUACCUCUGCGUUGUUGCUCUCGUCUGUCUAUGGGGCAUGAUGGUAGAGUUGGCUCUUUGGUGCACGAUUGGUGGCAAUGGCAGCCAUAUCUGGGAUCUCGACACUGCGACGAAGUUGAAUUUCGGCAAGAUCUUUCUCUCCAAUCAGUUCACGUACUUUAUUCUCUGCCCCGCGCUCAGACUGUCGAUUGUGUGCUUCUACCGACGCCUCUUUACCACACGGACAUUCCAACGGGUAUCAACCGCCAUCAUGUGGAUUAUCGGCCUUUGGGGCGCCGCCAUCUUUUUGGUCUGUGCCCUGCAGUGCCGCCCGCUGGCGGGCUACUGGGACAAGAGUAUCAAGGCACAGUGCAUAGACGGAAACCAGUUCUUCAUUGUCAACCAAAUCUUCAACGUCAUCAUGGAUUUCGUUCUCCUGGCGCUGCCGCUGCCGAUUAUCCUGCGGCUGAACAGGUCGUGGGCCGAUAGGUUCGCCCUGGCUGGCGUUUUUGCGCUCGGAGGCUUUGUUUGCUUUGCGAGUAUUUUCCGUAUCGUCGUUCUUUUCUACAUUGACGCCGACGACACAACUUAUACUGUUUAUCAAGCGACUCUCUGGACACACAUCGAGCCGUCUGUCGGCAUGGUCUGCUGCUGCCUGCCGUCGAUCCGCGGACUCUUUCCCGCCUUCCGUUUCACCAAGAGCAGCUCGCAGGGCACAGGGUCCAAGUUCUCACAUGGAGCCUCGGCAAACCGCGACGCCACGGGGUCUGCCGCAAAAAGCCAGUCGUAUUUUAAGAUGCAGGAUAUUGCUGCGUCCAGGGCGGAGAGCGAGGAGGAUCUGGUACCCUUGGAUGGGCUCUCGGACAGUGAGCGUGGCAUUACGGUGCAGACAGACAUUGUCAUCAACAACGCUCCCAGCCAUUUACCGGCGGAUGAAUGGCGUGGCGCUGUGCGAAUGGAAAAGUAG